AUGAUGGAUUGCUUGGACGUGACUCUAACGGGGGAACCGUGUUUCGACGCGACUCUAACGGGAGCGGCACCAUCAUGCUUCGUCGCGCUCCAUACGGGGGAGCUCCCAGCCGUGCCGGCGGAUUGGAGCAGCAUCGGCAGGGAGGAGCUCCGCCCGAUCCAAGAAGCUCUGCAGCGCGCCGAGCAGCCCGGGCCCGGAAAUUCCGAGCCAGAUUCAAUAGCCGAGAAGCAAGGACCGCGCGAGUUCGACCCAGAUUCAAGCGCGGAGCACGCAGGGAUGGUGCCAAUGGAGGGUGAGGGAGAGAGCACGGAUGGAGUAUUAGCACCCUCAGCAUGGCUUCUGAGGCAGGAUGGAAGUGGGGCUCUGGGAAACCUAUCUCCUCCCAACCCCCUGCUGACUCAGACUCCAAAUGAGACUCAUUGUUCCCUUCCCGUGCUUCCUGUGCCGCCUAAUCAGCAGCUGCCAACUCAGCCGUCUUCAGAGCUCGGCACCUCUCCUCCUCCACCUCGCUCCUUCCCCUCGGCGUCCCUUCCCCUCGCCCUCAACCGCUCAUCAACCUUUGGAGCCCACAGAUUUCCAAGUUUGGUACCAACUCCCACACACUCUGGCGUGUGUCCCCCACGUGCUGGCGUGUGCCUGCCACAACAGCACCCGUUGGACCGGCUUGCUGAUGCUCUCGUGAAGCCUCUUCCACCACAUCCCUUUGAAAUGGCGCGUGGGCCGCACGCACAGCACCCCUUCACACCGCACUCGCCGCAAGUGCAGGGAGCAGCAGUGCGUGGUUCUGUGUCAGCCCGGGAGUCAACCCCAGGAGCAAGCAUGGGCUUUAAGUCGCCGUCUGCAACCCCGUCUCCCUUGUCCCAGUCCCCGAGAGGAAGGGUGGGAGGCGUGCGGACAGGAGGGAGGCAAAUCACGGGGAAGAGCGCUACGGAGAAGCAUAGGCGGUCCAGAAUAAUUGAGCGAUUGGAGGCCCUCAAGGCAGCAAUACCAGCGGAGGUGCUGCUGAGGCAGCAGGGCCGGGCGGGGUUCAGCAAUCGCACACAGAUAGCCACUCUUUUAGAUGCGGCCGUGGGGUUCAUUGAGGGCAUGCGCGAGUACAAGCUGGCACUGGAGCGACAACUGCGGGCAUCGUAA